UUCAUGAAGCUCAGCAAGUUUCUGGGUGUCGACCUGAACGAGGAACAAAUUGACAAGAUUGUUCAGUACACGAGUUUCCACGAGAUGAAGAAGCGAGACGAUCACGUCAUUAAUAAAGGCGAUGCCGAAAUAAUAAUGGAUUUGCAGUUUGCCAAGGCCGAGGGAGGUUUCUUCAGAUCAGGAUCUUCUGGCGGAUGGAGAAACAUUUUAUCGCAAGAACAGAAGGAAAAAUUUGAAAUGUGGAUUGCGAAUAAUUGUCCGGACGAGGAGAUCCUGGGAAACUUCAUCGAUACUGAUAACUGAUAAAAGAAGCUUGGUAUCUACGAUGCUGUAGCGGGAUAACUACGCUCCAUACACAAAGUUACUGAGUCUCUGCAAGCGGGCCCUAACGUACGAGGAUGAAUCAAAACUGGUUCAGCAAAUUUUCAAAGGCCAUAAUGUUUACUUGAAUUUCAUGGAAAACCGGCAUCCACUACACAAGAUUAUCACUAAAUGCAUAUAGGUUUACGAAUACAGACAUUAUAUGGACAUUAAUUACAGAAAUUUACAGUCGUUACAAAGUGCGGUAGG